CCACAAAGAAAGGAAGCUGUAGUGAUAUUCUGGUCUGAACCUUCUCCCUGACAGCAGCCAGUUGUCUUAUAACAGUAGGUGGCACAGACAGUGGAUCUUGUCCUGGUAAAGGAAUUACAAAUCUGUGGCAACUACACUGACUGCAUCACAAGCCCUUGUGAAUAAAGUGUAACAGUGGUGCUGUCAUUCGUGGACUAAAAAAAAAAAUCAUGCUUAUGGACUGGAGGAGACCAGACUGUACUGGAUUGAAUGCAUGUGAAGAGCAAAGUGUGCAGAAGAAAAAAAGGAAGCUCAGUCCCUAAGGAAAGACUCUUGGUGUUGGUGCCAUGGAUCACACAAGCCCAGGCAGCCUCCACAGCUGAGAGACUGCCCUGAAAAUGGAGGUCUUCAACCCUGGCUGCAUCUCCAGAGGCGAAACUGUCUGGGUGGAAUCUAUCAAACCUUGAGCGUCCACUUGUAAACAACUGGUUGCCGUCAAAAUGCGAAUGGAGGCUUAGCGAAGGAUGCUCUUAAGGUGAACUGGGCACUGACACAAAUGAAGUAUGUAGUACCAUUCACAGCAUCUGAAACAGAGACUUGGCCAGUAUGGAAGAGCAGACUACCACUGUGAUUCAGAUUUAUGUAAAUGGAACUGAGCAGUUCAGUGCUUCGUAUGACCUCAACCUAACCGAUGUGAAAGAAAGCAUAGACACCUAUGAGUUUUACAUCAUCGGCCUGUUUCUGUCCUGCCUGUACACCAUAUUCCUGUUCCCCAUUGGCUUCAUUGGGAACAUCCUCAUUUUGGUGGUCAACCUCAACCACAGGGAGAAGAUGACAAUCCCCGAUCUGUACUUCGUCAACCUGGCCGUGGCGGACCUUAUUCUGGUGGCAGACUCGCUCAUCGAGGUGUUCAAUCUCAAUGAGAAGUACUACGACUACGCCGUCCUCUGUACCUUCAUGUCACUGUUCCUCCAGGUGAACAUGUACAGCAGCAUCUUCUUCCUAACAUGGAUGAGUUUCGACCGAUACAUUGCUCUGGCUAGCUCUAUGAGCAGCAGUCCACUACGAACCAUGGAGCACGCUAAACUCAGCUGCAGCCUCAUCUGGAUGGCCUCCAUCCUGGCGACACUGCUUCCUUUCACCAUCGUGCAGACCCAACACACCGGCGAGGUGCACUUCUGCUUCGCCAACGUCUUUGAGAUCCAGUGGCUCGAGGUGACGAUCGGAUUUCUUGUGCCCUUCUCCAUCAUCGGCAUGUGCUACUCCCUGAUUGUCCGCAUCCUCAUGCGGGCCCAGAAGCACAGAGGACUGUGGCCACGCCGGCAGAAGGCCCUGCGCAUGAUUGUGGUGGUGGUGCUGGUUUUCUUUAUUUGCUGGCUGCCUGAGAAUGUUUUCAUUAGCAUCCAAUUGCUCCAAGGCUCAGCAGACCCGUCGAAACGCAGCGACACCACAUUAUGGCACGACUACCCCUUGACUGGACACAUCGUCAACCUGGCUGCGUUCUCCAACAGCUGCUUAAACCCGAUCAUUUACAGCUUCCUCGGGGAGACUUUCAGAGACAAGCUGCGGCUCUUCAUCAAGCGGAAAGCCAGCUGGUCCGUGGUCUACCGCUUCUGUAAUCACACCCUGGAUUUGCGCAUCCCUGUCAGGAGCGAGUCCGAAGUGUAGCACAGGUGUGGCAACCUGCAGUUCCUGAAGUUGUCUCGCUUCCAGAACUUGAUCAUGAAUUGACAGAGAGAGAUCCUUGGGUUAGCUUAAUACCAUGAACACUGCCUGAUUUUUAUUGUUGGCUGAGCAAAACAAGGAUUAUUUAAGGUGAAUCACCUGUCAUGAAGUGGAUUAUAAAACAUGGAUGUAGAGCUUGGCCUUAGGCUGCCUUUUACAGAUAACUGAAAUAAUAGGAUAGCAUGUCUCGAUGAAGACUUUUAUAGGAUGAUAUUCUCUGAGUCCAUUUUAAGGGAACAAAAUAAAGUCAUGGAAGCACCUGCGACACAUUUCCAAUCCAAGUCAUUGCUAUAUAUUCUCCAGUUUAUAAAUUAAUGUUAUUGAAACUUGAUCUGUUCUGUUUCAAGACUGAAUACAUGCAUAUGCUGUAGGAUUUUUCAUUGCAAACAUCUUCACAGAGAGGGGAUGCUUGCAAAACGUGAGAAUCCCCUGUUGAAAAGAACUGAAUCUGAACUGAACUGAUAACAGCUCAUAACCAGCUCCCAUGCCUCAAAACAUACCUAACCAGCAUAUGCUGUUUUUUCACUGUAAAUUCAGUUCAAUGCAAACAUAUUUGGUGGAUUACUGCUCAUUUGGACAAGUGUUAGCGACACUAAACCCAGGUGUUGGCUCCUGUUUCCUUGAAGCCGGAGUCAGUGGGCAGGUGGUGUGCAGACAGCAUAGCAAGACAUAAACACAUUAUUCAAGACUUCAGAAGUGGGGCAUCCAGCGCUGCUGUUUACUUGAUCCUAGUACUCUUGAACUCUUUAUUUGUUGCAUUCCCAUUCCUCUCGCUUUCUCAUGAGUGCACUCUACCAGCAAAAACAAGGACUCCAAGAAAUUCCAAAAAUGUCUAAUUCGUUUAGAGACCGUAUGGAUAUUAAUAUAGAUACACAAUAAGACUUGAAAUUUUUGUUUCACUGUGCAAAAUGUGUCAGGAUGAUUUAAGUAUUAUUUGAACGUACGCUAUUUUCAUAUACAGAUAUUACAAAUGGUUACGACAUUAUAACAAGAGCAUCUUGAUAACAGGAAGCUGAUAAUCUCCCCUAGAGAGAGCCCUCUCAUGCCCAGGGCUAAAACAAUAUAUGACUCAAAUUAUUCAUAAACACAGUGGCAGUCUGAGGGCUUUUUCCCAAGUAAAACAGAACAAAGACAAACAAAUAAAAAGAAAAUGAGGAAUUCAAAUAAAUAAAUAAUAAUCUCAAAGUUGUGUCUUGGGAUUUUUUUCUUGUUGAGCAGUAGUACAUACAAAAUUAUCAAUAUAAGGAUUUGGGUUAAGCAUGAUGUAAUACAUUUGAGCUUGAAAAAGAAAUGAAUUAAUAAAUAGCCCCAUUUUAACAAUAAAAUAUAAAAUGGUUGUCAAUUUUGUAAUAAGACCACUAGGUC